AUGGGGGAUCCAAACGCGCACCACUUAAAUCACCACCAUCAUUUAAUCCAGCACCAAAGGGUACUACCACAACACCAACUUGUAGGUGGUCCAGGUGCUCAACAUCUUAUAACGGAUCCCCAAACACAAGUUGCCUUGGCAGCAGCUCCUCCACCUAUGCAUCCACAACACCAAUUUCAACCGCAACAUUAUAACGUUCUUGAUAGCUUUUGGCAACAACAAGUACAUGAAAUUCGACACGGUGUACACGAUUUUAAGGUUCACCAGUUGCCUCUCGCUAGAAUCAAGAAGGUCAUGAAAACUGAUGAGGAGGUUAAGAUGAUCAGUGCCGAAGCUCCUAUUCUAUUUGCAAAAGGUUGCGAUAUUUUUAUAACGGAAUUAACAAUGCGGGCAUGGCUUCAUGCUGAAGAAUGCAAACGGAGAACAUUACAAAGAUCAGAUAUUGCCAAUGCGAUAAAAAAGAUAGACAUGUUCGAUUUUUUGAUAGACAUUGUCCCAAGAGAAGAAAAAGUCAGCAUGGAAUAUCAAGAUCAUCAAAGUCCAUAUGGCUUUGGAAUGGGAUUGACUCAGGGCGGGCCUCAAUUCAACACUUCUCAAAAUGUACCUGUUGAUCAAAAAGUAGUAGUUGACCCCAUGACCACAUUAAACGAACACCAGGUAGCAUCUUUCAGGAAUCAUGUCCGUCCGCAAUAUGCAGCUGUUUCGGCCGAAGUAACGCCCGGUCCUUCAGCUAGACCAGUAACAACAGAACAAGUAUAUCAGCAGCAUCAUUACUAUAAUCAACACAUGCAACAACAUUCUUCCGAGUCUCAUCAGCACAAUCUCCAGACACAACAUUUGGACCAUGUGCAACAACGUCAACCUGAUCAUCAUCCUGUACAGAUUAAGUAUGAAAGCGAGUCCCCAAUUUUAAGACCUGUUGAUUGGUACCCGCAUUCACAACAAAAUUAUGUGCAGGGUAACCCACAUGUUGGUGGACAUGCUUACAAUCAACCAAUUAGCGGACAACCACCCCAUGAAUAUCAUCAUGAAAGUAGUGGAAUGAAUCUAACACGUCAUGGUGAAGGCUAUGGCCGGGGCGGUGGUCAACAACGUAAUUGA